AUGAAUAAAUUUAUUUUAAUAAUAAUUUUCUUUUUCACCUCAUUUGACACUAAAAUAGUAGCUUUUACCCCAAAAGCUCGUCAUUCACAUGCGUCAAUUGUUGUAGACGGGAAGGUUUAUUACUUUGGCGGAAUCACACCUACUACUGAAGGAUCACAAAUCUUGAGCAAUGAAAUGUUUUAUUUCGAUAUUACAAAAGAAGUUGACACAUCAUCCAUUCUAUGGGUGGAUCAAACCGCUACUAGUCCAAUGUCGGUUCAAACCGAAGGCGCAACAACGGUUGUCGGUAGUAAUGACAACAAUACAAUUUUUAUGGUCGGAGGCACGAUGUUUCAUCCCAAAACAAAUACUUUAGAAAUGAAUGCAUUGGUAUAUGCAUUUAAUAUUAAUAAUCAAAUAUGGAGUAAAGUGGAAGUUUUAGGAGCAACACCUCCGGGAAGGAAACAAGCUAAAGGAGUUAUUGAUCCCAAUGGGAAAAUUUAUUUAUUCUGUGGUAUCAAUGCCAAUUAUGUGUCAGGUGGUGUCAUUGGAUAUCUUGGCGGAAUGGAAAUUUUUGAUACUAAAAGUUUAUCAUGGUCAACUGUGACCUCUGAUAACACUGAAUGGAGAGGUCAAUAUUCUGCUACCAUUCUUGAAAAUGGAAACAUAAUUUAUCUAGGAGGACUUACUAUGUUAAAUGCGGAUGUUGAUAUAAGCAAAGCAUAUAUUUAUAAUACUAACACGGGCAUUUGGUCGACAGAGGGAAUAAAAGGAGACGCUACUAUAACGAUAGAUAAUAGAUAUGGACAUUCCGCAGUUCUUUAUAAGGGAAAGAUAAUUAUAUAUGGUGGAGCAAAGGGUUUAAAUCAAGUAACACCUAAUCCAAGUCUAGUUUUCCUGAAAGUGGAUGGCGAGCAAUAUGUUUGGGAAACUCCUCAAACUUUAACAAUUGAUAAUCCACCACUACCGGUUUCGCAUCAUUCUGCCGAAAUAGUUGGAGAUUUUAUGAUUGUUGCAUUUGGAAACGUUACAAAUAAUUUAACAUUACCAACUAGUGCAAACGAUAAAGUAUUUUUAUUUAAUCUAAACACUUAUAGUUGGGUUUCUCAUUUUAAUCCACCACCUCCACCUUCACAAACUGAUACGGAUGGUAAGAAUUCUUCAACGGAUGCCGGGGGUAAUCCCAUUUUAACUGAUGGAAGUAAUGGAUACCUAACACCAUCAAAGACUUUUCACGUGUUGUAA